GAUCGUGAAACUCCGUUGCUAAGGGAAUGAUUUAUGAUUAAUGGUGUAAAAUAUUACGAGACGAUUUCAACGAGAAUUUAAGACCUAUGUUAAUCAAUGUCUAUGAACAGCGGAAAAAUUUAUAUUCAAUGGACAAGAGAUGGAAAACUUGCUGGUUCUCGCGUUCCCAGCGUUACACAAUAUCAAGAAAAGCGGUUGAUGCCCACAAAAAUAAGCCUUUGUACAAGGAAAUAUGAAAGAGCUCGUGCUGAUAAGAUAAAUGAAAGACGGGAAGAAGAUGAAGAGGAUCAAAGCCGUUCUUUCAUGAGGUUAAACCUGGAUACACCAUCUCCAACAGCCUAUAAUAUACCAACUAACCCACCUAAUAUGACCAAGCCCCCAGCGUUUACAAUGAGACCCAAGACAUAUCCCGAGAAAACGGGUGGUGACCGAGUGUCCUGGGGCAAGGAAUGGUUUAGUAACAGCAAUCAAUGGUCGCUGAGAACAGAUUUUGAUAGCAAGAAUAAGUGGCCUUCACCAUCUGAUCAUGUCCCAAGAUCUACAAUUGGCUGGCCCCAACUAACGUUUCAUCAAUCUCCGUCACACAGUAUCGGCACAAGAAAGGAAUUCAUGCUCGUCUCUAAAGAUGCAAAAUCUUUUCCUAGUCCAUGUAGUUAUGAUCGUUCACAGAGUCAAAAUAAAACUCUUGCUAACUCACCCAGUUUUACAAUACAGCAAGGACGGAGACAAGGAACGCUUCCUUUUAUUCCUAGAAAUGGUUCAUCACCAGGGCCUGGCUCCUAUAACCCGAAAGUAUUUAAAACCAGCUCGAAGGUUCGGCGGCCUGCGUUCACGAUCGCUAAAUCUCCAAGAGUAAUCGGAAUCACCCGGAAUUGUACAUUUUAAGAUCCUGGAGAAACUGACCAAAUCUAUCAUCUAUGUAGUCGACAUCCAUGGGUGCAGACCAUUGCAGUGGUCUUAAGACUGCCAGUCUAUCAGGUCCAG